GCGUCGGAUGGCGGGCGCGGGGCGAGCGGUGCCCACUUGCCUGGUGCUGGGGGUGGCCGGCGGCGGGAAGAGCCUGCUGGCGCGGCGGCUGCGUCAGCUGAGCGCCGAGGAGGGGCCCGCGGAGCUGGGCGAGCCCCCGGCCACGCUGCCCACGGUGGGCACCAACCUGACCGACCUGCGGCUGCCGCGGACCGUGACGCUGCGGGAGCUGGGCGGCUGCAUGGGCCCCAUCUGGCAGAGCUACUACGGCGAGUGCAGCGCUCUGCUGUUUGUGGUCGAUGCCGCCGACCCGACCCAGGUCUCUUCGUCCUGCGUGCAGCUCCUGGCCGUGCUCUCCGCAGCGCCGCUCGCCGCCGUGCCCGUGCUCAUCCUCUUCAACAAGAUGCUGGCUUGGGCUGUGGAGACCCCCGAGCCAGGGGCUGGGCUGGCAGGAGAGCCGGCAUUGUGGGCUGAUGCAGACCGUCCUGCCGGUGCAGUGACCUGCCCUGCUCCAUGUCCGUGGCGGAGAUGAAGUCGCUGUUCCGCAUGCAGGACAUCGUGUCCUGCGCCACACAGCCCAUCACGAUUCUGGAGACCAGUGCCCGUGACGGCACCGGCCUGGCCGAGGUCCUGCAGUGGCUUCGGGCCACCCUCGGAGACCCGCGGUGACACUGGCCCUGCCCAUUGCCUGCACAGACGCUGCCGGGAGCGGUGCUGCAGGCUGGACGUGGGCAGGACCCCGCGGGACUUCACAGUAAAGCUUGCACUGUAUUGAC